AUGGCAUCGCUCAGCUCGGCCUCCACGUACCGUGCCGAGCUCCUCAGUGCCUACGGGCAGGGGCACAGCGAACCCCGCUUCGAGGGCGACCGGCGGCAUGGACCCUUUGGGGCACGGGGACAGGAGGCAUUUGGGUACCCAGAGCCCCCAGGUGCCAUGUACCCCUGCAGCCUGGGCACCUGGGUGCGUGCCCAGGGUGACACCUACCAAGUGGUGGCCGACGUCAGCCAGUUUGAGCCCCCUGACAUUGUGGUGACCACCUCCAACUGCCAUGUCGCCAUCCAGGCAGAAAAGGUGGCUGAGGAUGGCACUGUGUGUGACACCUUCACCCACAAGUGCCAGCUGCCCGAGGACACGGACCCGCUGUCAGUGAGCUGCACCCUCACUGAGAGUGGCACGCUGGUCAUCACCGUCCGGCGCCGCGCCAGUGCCGGGUCCGCGCAGCCCCCGCAGCUGCUGUACCGCAGCGAGGCCAUGCUGUGA